AUGGUCACCAUUUACAACAGCAGUCUCCAAAAAGCCACUUUCUUCCUGACAGGCUUCCAAGGUCUGGAAGAGCUCCAUGGCUGGAUCUCCAUUCCCUUCUGCUCCAUCUACUUGACAGUGAUUUUAGGGAACCUUACCAUUCUCCAUGUCAUCCGAACUGAUGCCACCCUCCAUGAACCCAUGUACUAUUUCUUGGCCAUGCUGGCCCUCACAGACUUGGGCCUUUGCCUCUCCACACUGCCCACUGUGCUGGGAAUCUUCUGGUUUGAUGCCAGAGAGAUUGGCAUCCCUGCCUGCUUUACUCAGCUGUUCUUCAUCCACACCUUGUCUUUAGUGGAAUCAUCAGUUCUACUGUCUAUGUCCUUUGACCGCUAUGUGGCCAUUUGCAACCCACUGCGUUAUUCUACCAUCCUGACACCCAGAAGAAUUGUGAAGAUGGGGCUGAGCUCAGUACUGAGAAGUGCACUCCUUAUUCUCCCAUUACCAUUCCUCCUUAAGCGCUUCCAUUAUUGCCGCUCUCAUGUGCUAGCCCAUGCCUACUGUCUGCAUUUGGAGAUCAUGAAACUGGCCUGCUCUAGCAUCAUUGUCAACCAUAUCUAUGGACUCUUUGUUGUGGCCUGCACUGUGGGUUUGGACUCCCUGCUCAUCUUCCUUUCAUAUACCCUUAUCCUCCAUGCUGUACUAGGCAAAGCCUCCCGCCAGGAACGCCUCCGUGCCCUCAACACCUGCAUCUCCCAUAUCUGUGCAGUGCUGCUAUUCUACAUCCCCAUGAUUGGCUUAUCCCUUGUGCAUCGUUUUGGUGAGCAUCUUCCCCGCAUUGUACACCUUCUGAUGUCUUAUGUGUAUCUGUUGGUACCACCCCUCAUGAACCCUAUUGUCUACAGCAUCAAGACCAAGCAAAUACGCCAGCGUAUUGUCAAGAAGUUUGAGUUUGUAAAGUCACCUAGGUGUUUUCAGUAG